CCCUAUAAAUUCUGAAAGAAGGCUGAGCUCUGUCCCGAAUAAAACAGAGCUUCUCUCUCUGUGUUUUCUUCCUUUGCCGAAGACUGUUGUGUUGUAGUAGGUUUUUUGGAUUUCCGAUUCCUUCUGCUCUCUGUUUUGCUUUUGUUUGAGAGUGGGAAGGACAGCGGGGAGAAAAUUUUGUGGAGAGUUCUAGAUGGACACGUACACUGUCCAUCUUGCUAUGGCGGCUCUGGUCGGAGCGUCGCUGGUAGCCGUGUCGGCGUAUUAUAUGCACAGGAAAACUCUGAGUCAGCUGCUGGAGUUCGCCAAGACGGUGGAGAGAGAGAGGGAGGAGAUUUCGGACGGAGAGUCGCCGCAGCACUCCAAGAAACGGCGCGGACACCACUCUCGCCGGAAGGGGAACGGAUACUACCGCCGUGGCUCGGCUUCUCUGCCGGAUGUUUCGGUGAUAUCCGGCGGGAUUGAUGGAGAAGAGAAACGCAACGGUGCUAUCCAUGUUGACGGGAUUCCCCCCGGAUUGCCGAGGCUCCAUACGCUGCCUCAAGGGAAGUCUGGUGGCCAUGCAACUUCAGCUAAGAGAUCUUCAAGUCUUAUUCGACCUACUUCUCCCAAGUCCCCUGUUGCUAGUGCAAGUGCCUUUGAGAGCAUAGAGGGAUCAGAUGAUGAAGAUAAUAUGACUGACAAUUCUAAGAUAGACACUACAUAUCUGCAUACUAAUGGAAAUGCCGGCCCAAAUUUGCCAGACCACAUUAAUGCCAAUGGAGAGGCAAUCCAGAUAGCUGCUUCAAGCAUGAUUCGAUCCCAUAGUGUAUCCGGUGACCUGCAUGGCGUUCAGCCUGAUCCUAUUGCAGCUGAUAUCCUAAGGAAAGAGCCAGAGCAAGAAACUUUUGCACGACUUAGAAUUGCCCCUACUGAGGUACCAUCAGCAGAUGAAGCUGAGGCCUAUGUGGUUCUGCAAGAAUGCCUUGAAAUGCGGAAAAGAUAUGUAUUCAAGGAAGCAGUUGCUCCUUGGGAGAAAGAAGUUAUAUCAGACCCCAGUACACCAAAACCUAAUCCAGAGCCAUUUUUUUAUGCUCCGGAGGAAAAAUCUGAUCAUUAUUUUGCGAUGCAAGAUGGAGUAAUUCAUGUCUAUGCAAAUAAAUACUCAAAAGAGGAGCUCUUUCCUAUAGCUGAUGCGACAACCUUCUUUACUGACUUGCAUCACAUACUUCGUGUUAUAGCGGCAGGGAAUAUUAGAACUUUAUGUCAUCACCGGCUAAAUCUUCUAGAACAAAAAUUCAAUCUUCAUUUGAUGCUCAAUGCGGAUAGAGAAUUUCUAGCUCAGAAAAGUGCACCACAUCGGGACUUUUAUAAUGUGAGGAAAGUUGAUACUCAUGUUCAUCACUCAGCUUGCAUGAACCAGAAACAUCUUCUAAGGUUUAUAAAGUCGAAGUUGAGGAAGGAGCCAGAUGAGGUUGUAAUAUUUCGAGAUGGGACAUAUUUGACCCUGAAAGAAGUUUUUGAGAGCUUGGAUUUAACUGGGUAUGAUCUAAAUGUGGACCUUCUUGAUGUUCAUGCAGACAAGAGUACCUUUCAUCGCUUUGAUAAGUUCAAUCUUAAGUAUAAUCCCUGUGGUCAAAGUAGACUCAGGGAGAUUUUCCUCAAGCAAGACAAUCUUAUCCAAGGUCGAUUCCUUGGUGAGUUGACAAAGCAAGUGUUUUCUGAUCUUGCUGCAAGCAAAUAUCAGAUGGCUGAAUACAGAAUAUCAAUAUAUGGCAGGAAGCAAAGUGAGUGGGACCAACUGGCUAGUUGGAUCGUUAAUAAUGACUUGUACAGUGAGAAUGUUGUUUGGUUAAUUCAGAUCCCUCGACUUUACAAUAUUUACAAGGACAUGGGAAUUGUUACGUCAUUUCAGAACAUUCUUGACAACAUCUUUAUUCCUCUAUUUGAGGUUACUGUGGAUCCUGAUUCACAUCCUCAUUUACAUGUUUUCUUGAAACAGGUUGUAGGGUUGGAUUUGGUGGAUGAUGAAAGUAAGCCUGAAAGACGCCCCACAAAACACAUGCCUACACCGGCUCAAUGGACUAAUGUAUUUAAUCCUGCAUACUCCUACUAUGCAUAUUACUGCUAUGCUAACCUCUACACCUUAAACAAGCUUCGUGAGUCCAAAGGCAUGACAACCAUAAAAUUCAGGCCACAUUCUGGGGAGGCUGGUGACAUUGACCACCUUGCGGCAACAUUUCUAACUGCUCAUAACAUUGCGCAUGGAAUCAAUUUAAGGAAAUCUCCUGUGCUACAGUAUCUUUAUUAUUUGGCACAGAUUGGCCUGGCUAUGUCUCCUUUGAGCAACAAUUCAUUGUUUUUGGACUAUCAUCGGAACCCCUUUCCAAUGUUUUUCCUAAGGGGUCUGAAUGUUUCCCUUUCUACGGAUGAUCCACUUCAAAUACACCUAACAAAGGAGCCUUUGGUGGAAGAGUAUAGCAUAGCUGCUUCUGUGUGGAAGCUGAGUUCAUGUGAUCUAUGUGAGAUUGCCCGUAAUUCAGUCUACCAGUCAGGUUUUUCACAUGCUUUGAAGGCAAGUGCUCUUUUUCUGUUUUGACAUGUGAUGCUGAUGGUUGGGGAGGGGAGUAAUCUG